AUGUAUUCCAAUAAGCCCACGCCCGCGAGCAUCACCUACUCCCAAGCAGGUUCCCCGCACCUGUUGAAUCUGUACCAAAAGAUCGUCUUGCCUGAGACAGGACGCCAACAAAAGCAGCCGCCCACAACAAAAGCAGCCGCCCACAGUCGGCUGUCAAAAUGCAACGAGCAACAAACAGGGGACAAGAUCGUCGGCUCGUGGGUCAUCUCCUUCUUGAUCAAGGAGCCGGAAAUCUACGAGACGCAAGAUGAGACACUGAGCGAGGGUCUUGUGACGGAUUCACGCCCAAACGUCGCGGCCUUUCCUUCCGAGGACAUUGCAGAGGACAGCUUUGAUCCCCAAGCCUCGGCCCAACGCUUCCGCGAUGCUUCGAGCUUGGACGCGACAGGCGUUGAUUUCUCCGACAAGCUUGGCCUUCGGCCUGAUGGCUACCGCACACUCCAGCUUGCUGAGGCUGAAGCCACCGACGAAAGCCUAGAGGAGAAAUAUACACGCUUGCGCCUCGAAGUCUCUCAAUUUCUGUCCGAGGUAGAGGCUGCCAAGGCGGCUGUUGACACGGACGAGCACAGUCAAGAAGAGGCAGCAACUGCCAUCAAAAUUGCCGCUCAGAUUCAAAGCAUGCAAGAUCAACUGACACAAGUUCGCCUUGAUGAACUGCUGGGCGGCAAAACAGCUCCUAUUGACAGCACGCCUUCUGCAGACAACGACGCCAUCAAGCGUUUGAUGGCGGCUGUGGCCAAGACCAAGGCGCGAGCGGCCGAGGGUGCCGAGGGUGCCGAGGGCAAGGAGAAGGGCGUUACCUAUGAACUCAUUUACACGCCAGAACAGGCACGGUAUCAGCAGCUGUCGCGGGCUGCCGAGCUGGAGAAACGUAUUGCCGAGCUGGAGUCGCGCGUGGGCACCACCAACCUUGACUCAAUUAGUCGAUUUUUGUCUGUGAGCGACAGCAGCGUCUCAGAGGCCGUUUCUCAGCUCGCCGUGCGAGUGGAUGCCCUCAACGAAAAUUCUCUUGCAGACCUUGAGGGCAAGAUGAAGAACGUGCGCGAGAGCUUGGCCAAGAUUCAAGAAGCCGCGCAGAGUGCUUCAAGUGUCUUGGCCGCAGAGGACUUGGAAAAGAUCCGUGAAUUGCACCAGGUAGCCAAUCGCUGGGAUGCAACGGCCGCGGCCGUACCAGCUAUCGUCGAGAGGCUCAAGGAUCUGCGUGCGCUGCACGAGGAGGCCGCCAACUUUGCAGCCACCUUGACACACAUGCGGGCCACACAAGACCAGGUCAAGGAGCAGCUUUCGACGCAGGACGUGACGCUGAAGACGCUCGAGCAAAGCUUGGAGAAGAAUGCGCAGACCAUCGAGACAAACUUUUCCAGCCUUCAGCAGCGCGUGGAGGCUUUGAUGAAAAAAAUGUAGUGUGCAGCGUGCAUGGUGCCAUUUUGCUUGCCGCAUCUUGUCUGCUCCCUGCACGAUGCGCCCUCAGUUUUGAGGGGCAGCGUGAGCGUGAUGCCAUAGUUUUCAUUGUGUGAUCUUGCUUGUUUUUCAUUCUCAAAUUGAGUCGGUUCUCUUUUG